UGGGGGGGACACAGCAGAAAAAGUCGGAGGGUGAGCAGGAGGAGAAAAUAAGCAUGUCUAAUCUGUGAAAGGUUCACGAUCUGUGGGUCCAGACCGUGCAUCGGUCUACUGGCGGGUGCAGAGGCCAACUGAGGGUGAUUCCUCAUUGGCUGGUGUGCCCAUCACCCCACAGGCCCGCCAACCUCUGAGGCGGGCCGUGACUGGCCGGAGCUCCUCGGUGGGAGAAGAUGGCCUAAGGUCUCAGCUGAAGAGCUAAGCAGCCUUGUCUCCUCCCCUCCCCCUCACCCCUUCAACCCUUCACUGUUCAUUACUACGUCGUGAACUGUGAUUCCCUCCAACUGCUGUUAUGGUGUAGACUACUAUGGCAAUGCAUGAUAUGAGUCGUGCCAAGGGAUACCCCUGUAAAGAAUGUGAUAUGGUCUGCCCGAGUACUCCAAGUCUUCUAGAACAUAUGAAAGCACAUUAUCAGCAGGAAGAGAGCGGUCGUUUUGAGUGUGAGCAGUGUGGACGAAUUUACAAGCACGCAGCCAGCCUAGCCAAUCAUAAGAAGUCGCACGAAGUGGGUUCGUUCCAGUGUCCAGUCUGCACGCGUACCCUGCCAAACGCGGUAGCUCUGAAAAACCACCUUCGGAUCCAUACUCUGUCCCCAAGCAGUGCACACGCUGAGGAGGAGAACGAGGAGGCCCCUGAGGAGGCGGGCCACGACGAGAGGAACUUCGGCCUCGCCCAGGACCUCUCGGAUGGGUUUGGCCGUUCCCAUUUGAACAAUAGUGGUAUGGGACAUAGUAUCCUGCCUGGCCACGAGACAGACGACCACAGGAAAAAAGGCUCCCCUGAAUCUGACGACGCUUGGGACAGACCGUUCAAGUGCGACCAGUGCGACCGAACCUAUCGGCAUCACGGUAGUCUGGUGAACCACAAAAAGUGUCACCAACAAGGAACUUUUAAGUGCUCUGUGUGUUUUAAACAAUUUAGCAACCUGGCUGCGCUAAACAGCCACGAGAGAACUCAUUCGAAGUUCAAGACACCAGGAGCAACCAUGGUGAGCAGCGGCGCUGGUAGCAGCCUCCACGAUUCGGAGCGCAGUACUGGCUCGCAGUCGUCUCAGAGCGAUGACUCUGCCUCCUGUUUCUGCCACUUGUGUCAGAUAGCGCUGCCGAACAAGGCAGACUUCCAGGAGCACAUCCUGCUGCACAAUACAGCCUCACCCUCACUCGGACUGCCACGCAGCUUUCCAGGGAUCAUGCCUCACAACCUGAGUGCUGUACGGUCCCCAGCAUACACCCCGGCCCUGGGGGACCCCUUGCCCCUGCCUCCCCUUCCUGCAGAUAAAAGGGGCCCCUAUGACCCAAUUAUGGGCCCCCCAGUCAACAACCCCAUUUACACAUGUGCAUACUGUGGGGCAGGGCACCCAGACCUGGAGACUUUGAAAGUUCACUAUCUAACGCAUGAUCCUCAUCCACCCUCCCACAGUCAGGAUGGCUCCAUACUCAAUUCAGACACGCUCAGCUCUGGAUCACAAGGCUCGGUGGCAUCACCCUCCGGUGGCCGCGUGCCUCAGGCUAAUUCUCCAGACGACGAAGAGCGGCGCUUUAAGUGUGAAGAGUGUGGCAAAAGUUAUCGGCACGCAGGGAGCCUGGUCAACCACAAACGCUGCCAUCAGACUGGCCACUACCAGUGCACCAUCUGCUGUAAGCAGUACCCCCACCUGGCAGCACUACAUAGCCAUCUGCGGAGCCACAAGGGCCGCCCCGCCAACCAGCCAAUCAACAACGACAACAGCGACUGGCUGUCUCCUGAGCCACUCACGCUAGACUCCCAGCAGAGCUACGUCCAAGAGGGCAGCACCACAAACACUCCAAUCUCACUGCCAGGAAACCUUGGCGACUCCGCUCACUUUGUGCCAGACGGCAGCCACAGCAGCGGGUUGGAUUCCCUAGAGUUCCAUGAUCGCUUUGACGGCAGCUCGCUGUCCCAGAGCAGCUCUACUCACCGCCAGACAGACAGACACGUGUGUGCCGACUGCGGCGAGAUGUAUGGGGAUGUUUCAGGCAUCAAGUCGCACAUGUGUCCUCGCCGCGGACAGCAGCAGCCACCACCACCACCGCAGCAGCAGCAAAGCAACAUGUCUAACGGCUUCAUGGGGAACAUGAGCUACCACAGCUCCAGUGGGACAUCCAUGCCCUCUGGGAGCUCCGGCAGCAUUAAAGGAGGCAGCAGCCAGAGACCCUACUCUCAGAGUGGGGGUAAGAGGAUGGGCAGCAAUGACAAAGAAGACGACGACGACGGAGAAGUGUAUCAAUGUUCGGUGUGCGGCAAUCACUACGCCAGCCUCAGAGCUCUCAGAAGCCACCUACGCAGCCAUGCCAAUAACCCAAUAGGAGCAGGACCAUCCAAUCUGGAUCAGGACUGGAGAAUGAUCUGCUCCACCUGUGGCCAGAGCUUCUCCAGGAAGCAGGACCUUCUGAAUCACCAGUUAAUCCAUGGCCCCCAGAGGCCGGACAACCAGCAGCAGGGUAUCACUGGCAGCUCAGCCAAUGGCAGUGACAAGAUGGAUGGACGUAACCACAUAUGUGUGGACUGUGGCAUGUUUUUUGCCGACCAGCACCACCUGGUCACGCACUUAUGCCCUGGUAAGAAUCGAGCGAUGAAUAAACCUGGGCUAAAUGGAGGCAAGGGGAUGUCUGGAGGUGAUGGCGUACCUGGAGGUAGUGGUGAUGGCCGCAGAUCAAUUGUUGAUCAAAGUGAUAAACCCCACAAAUGUGACCAGUGUGGGCGAGGAUACAGACACCCCUGCUCGCUCCUCAAUCACAAGAAGUCUCAUAAGACCGGUGUUUUCCGCUGCCUGGUGUGCCAGAAACGCUACUAUAACUUGCUGGCGCUGAAGAACCACCAAAGGACCCACUUUGACCUGAAAAGGCACAAGUGUGAGGAAUGUGGCAAAGCCUUCAAGAUCCAAAAGCAGCUCAUCAACCACCUCCGUCUCCAUGAAGAGCACCGUGCCAAAGGUCUCGUCCGCACUGGUCCCAACGGUUCCCGCUUCCAGCAGCCUGGUCCAUCUCAGAUGCAGACCAUGAGAGCAGAGUCUUCAAAGGGACCCAUGAUGGGGGUCAAGUACAACCACCAAGGCUUUAAGAAGCCCUACUCAUCAGCUGGCACUUCUAGGCCCCAGAAGUUUGACCCUGCGGAAAGCGGGCGAAGGCCUUUUGCUUGUGAAGAAUGUGGGAAGACGUACCGCCACGCCGGCAGCCUGGCAAAUCACAAGAACCUUCAUAAAAUCGGGGAGUACCACUGCAAUGUUUGCAACUCCACGUAUCCCAACCGGCUGGCUAUGAAGAACCACCUGCGCCUCCACUUUGCCCAGAAGAAGCACAACUGCCAGGAGUGCGGCAAAGGUUUCCGCACCCAGCGGCAGCUUGCCACCCACACUACAGCCGGCUUGUGCAAAGGCCCACAAGGCCCAGGGGCCCAAAUGGACUUUGAGUGCGAUGGCUGCUGCGAAGGCUUCGCCACAGCUGACGAGCUUUCUGCUCACGACUGCCCGGCUCAGCACCUUCCGUCAUCUUCCUCCACGAGCAGCUCCACCAACGUCAGCCUGGAGAGGAACUCUGUGGACAUGGACUCGGACGAGCGGCCGUACGCCUGCGACCUGUGCAGCUGCACCUACAAACACGCCAGUUCUCUGCUUAACCACAAGCACACCCACAAGACGGGCAACUUCCGCUGCAACUUCUGUGACAAGCCCUACACCAACUACAUGGCCUUGCGCAACCACAUGCGCAUUCACACACAACGCAAGAAACACAUCUGCCACACGUGUGGGAAAGCUUUUCGAUUAGCCAGGUUCCUGCGGAACCACCAGAAGGUGCAUGAGGAGGGUGCCACCCCAUUUGGCUGCCCCAGCUGCGGGAAGAGUUUCCAGGGGAGGUCUGGUCUGGCCCGGCACCGCUGUGGGGACAACCAGGUAGGCAUGGAAGUCAGGAGGAAGGCCGCUGCACCCAGCGCAGAGGGAGAAGAGUGUCGGUACACAUGUGAUCAGUGUGGCCGUUCCUACCGCCAUGCCAGCUCCCUGCUCAACCACAAGAACACCCACACCGUCGGCAUCUACCACUGCGCCGUGUGCCUCAAGACCUACAACAACUUGCUUGCUCUCAAGAACCACCGUCGCAUCCACUCGGAGACUCGCCGCCACCGCUGCCACGACUGUGGGAAGGCGUUCCGUGUCUCCUCACAGCUCUAUAACCACCGGCGUGUCCACCAGAAGCAGCGGGAGCUGACCUGCCGGUCCUGCCAGCGAGCUUUCCCUACACAGGCCAGUUUUAGACUCCACUUGGAGAUCACCCAUGGUCAGGUGCCGCAACCCCGCCAGCCCAGACCCCAGCAGCACCGGCCAGGGGGCUCCCAGGAGCUGGGCUGGGGGUCAGGCCUUGACCUCACCCUCAUGCAAGAGCAAGGACUCGAUCCCGGCAGCUUGGAUAAAGCACGCAGCCGAGAGGGCUACGAUGAGGUCGCUAAGCCCCACGUCUGCAGCCAGUGUGGCCGCUCGUACCGUCAUGCUAGCUCCUUGCUCAACCACAAGAACAGCCACAAAACCGGGACCUUCUUCUGUUCCUCUUGCCAGAAGGAGUUCCCCAACCUCAUGUCCCUCAAGAACCACCGGCGCAUUCACACCGAGCCCAAGCGCUACCAGUGCCCUGACUGCGGUAAGUCCUUCCGCGUGUCCACACAGCUCAUCUGCCAUCGCCGGAUCCACACCAAGGAGAAGCCAUUCUCCUGCCAGCAGUGCGACAAGCGCUUCUCCUCCAAAUCCAACUUGCGGCACCACAUGAAGGUGCACUGGAGCAGCACCACACCUCCUCUGCCAGCCGUGGCAGCGCCCAAUUACCUGGGCAUGCCCGGCGGACCUUUCAUUUAGGCUGAGGGGGGUCCAGUGCUGGGGUCGGUGGAGGUGCCAAACCGUAGCCUAACUUUCCUCCUUAUUGUGUGGUUAAAGUGUGUGUGAGGACAGAUAAACACACACACAAACUGUUUCCAAACCACCUCCCCCUGCUGCAUGCUGCCCUCCUCCUCCCCACAGCUGCAGUGUUCGAGCCGGACCCGGACUGUGGGGUCGUCGGGUUGCUGUGGAUUCCUCUGGUGGCCUUCUUCUGUGUUUUAAAGCCUUCUCACUCUAAAACGUAGCACGAGUGGAGCUCAGCUGUUGGACCUCUACGCCCUGCCGUCAGGCAGCAAUGACUCAUAGGAACUUUUCAGACUUUAGGCGUGUGUGCUGCAGCAUGAAAACACUUCCUGUUAUCUGGUUCACCCACAUGGACUCAGAGCUGAUAAUUAUGUAAAAAAGCUGUUUUAUUGUUAACAAGUUUUUUUUUAACACGUUCCCACAUUUCAUUCGCUUUUAUCAAAGCUGUUUCUUAUAUUUAAUACUGGUAAGCAGAGUUCCUGAUUUACCAUACCGAGUUCCCAUCCUGCACCCUUAAAUCAAAAAGCUGAAGCUUCACAGCCAGUUUGGUGUUCAUGGAGGAGGUGGAAGCUCCGGAUCAGUCAGAACAUUUAUUGUGCCCAUAUUAAUCCCGGAGUUGAAAUGAACCUUUUAAAAUGAAUGAGUCUGAGAAGUUCGCUGAUUUAAAAGGUUUCAUAAAGAUGCUGAUGGUACAUCUGGUUGCUACGGUGGCUCAGAGAGCUCAGGGACCACCUGGACCUCACCUGGUGGAUUAGGAACGGAAGAUGGCUGGUCCUCCUUUAUGUUGUUGCCGUGACAACGUCUAGGGCCCCUGAAAGAAAAUGAAGACAUGACUGAACUCCCCCACAGCCGGGUUACACAGGGCAGAAGCUGGUGUCUGGUUUGGAGCUUCGCAUUAAUUAAAGGGCAGUUUUAGUUUUUGUGAGGCUGGGCUGCAUUGGAUCAGCACCAUCACAGUAACAUGAACAAUUCAUAAGGUUGACAGCAGCAUGGACUGAUCGACAGCUGACCGGAGCACAGAUUAUCAGAAUCAGAAUCAGAAAAGCUUUAUUGCCAAGGACGUUUUUGGACAUACAAGGAAUUUGUUUUGGCGUAGUCGGUGCAAUACAAUAAAAAUGAAACAGUAUUAACAUAUCUACAAUAUAAUAUAAAUAUAUGAGCACAGUGUUUAAACACCAAGAAAACCAAAUACAAGCUGUAGUAGAAACAAGCAGAGCAGGCCACGGUUCUGGGUGCAGAACAAACCGGGCCAAUAUUUACAGCAGGACAAGUUAUUUUCUUUUACUGAAGCUAAAAUACGGAGGUCAUCAUCCGACCCAUUUGUCCUCUAAUAGUUUCUCAUGCUCUUUGGCAACUUUACACAGCAGAAUUCUGAUCCGAUUGGUGCCAUGAUACCUCUGUGGGUCCAUCAGCCGUUUUUAGCUGAGCUGAACCUGAGCUGUUCUCUUUUCAACAGACUAACGUAUCCGUUCAUGAUGACUCGUAGGAGUCCAGUUUGUCUUUGUGGUCCCGUUGUGUUUUCCUUCAUAAACGACCUUCAUCAGCUGUUUAAAUCUCUCCACGGUUGCCAUGACGCUCCCUCGCCGGGCAUGGAGCAGGGGUAUAGCAGGCCAGUGAUGCGUUUAGGAGCCCUGGGAAAAACGAAGCUUCCAGAGGUCUAGAUAAAGACAUUUGUCAGUAUUGGUGACAGCAUCAUGGUUUAAAAAACAUCCUCGGUCUUCCUGGCACCAGCAUUUAUUCACUACACAAUUAUAGCCUGAGCAGAUCAUUCAGCUCCUUAGAGCAAGAACCGGUUCACCUGACCAGAACCGUGGACACAGUCCUCUUUGUUUUCAUCAGGCUGCCGUCUGACUUCUCACAAGGAGGUUGAUGUUUGGCUCCUCUGAACUCUCUCAGCCACCGUAGUUUCACAUCUAAUCACAUCUAACCAGUCGGACCAGAGAUGGGUUUGGUUCUGAAGGUACUUGUCCCAACUUUACCAUCUCAUGCAGGUUUGUUGAGCUUUCGUCACUGAUUCAUAAACAGAACUUUUCUGACCCAGAUCUGAGUUCUGGAUCAAAUGGGUCGCCUGACUAAUCACAUGAUCGAUCAGCUGAUUCUGCUUCUCAACAAUAAAAGAAAACCAACUUGCUCAUGUGAAACCAGAACUUCCUCCAUGUUUUCCUCCAUGGCUGUUUUUGUUACCCGACCCAGGGUAUCACUGCAGCCUACAGCGCCACCUGCAGGCCAUAGACAACGCUACUGUUCUCUCACAGAUCUGUCUUUAGCUUCAAUAAACAUGUUCUUACUUAUCUGCUGAUAACCCAAUAGAACUUCAUCAGAACCGAGCCGAUGUUUAUUGGUAAAACAAGCCAACAAAUGAUUUUAUUAUCUGUGUUCAAUAACUGACUGGUUCCUGUAGGUCCAUGUUCUCCUCAUGACUCCAUGUGUGUGAACGAGACGAGUUGGCCCAGCUGUGGCGCUUAAACCUGGCUCUGAUCCUGCACCUGAACAGGCCCUGUGCUGGAUCUGCUCUCUGGUUCUGAUCCAGCUCCUGGACUGCCCUAACCCAGCUGGGAGGACUGUGUGUGUUGUGCUCGUUGUAUCUCUGCAGUUUUGUAAGAAGGAAGCAGAUCCUGUAGUAACUCAUUUAUUUAUAUGAAGCUGAUUAUUGAUUAUUGAUGAUUAACUCUUGUAUCGGACCGCGGUAGUGUUUAGGAUGUGAGUUUAAAGCCGUGUCGAUGUGAAGCACCCCUCUGCUCGAACCUGACGGACUCAUCCGGAUCCUGCCUUCUUCAUCCCGUGACGUCUUCCUGACUCUCUGCUUCCGUACGGACUUCCUGACCGAGUCAGCAGGACGUCCCGGCUCUGUCCUACUUCCUGUAUUUAUUGGUGUUUCUUUCCUGGUUCCUUAUUUAACUGUUGGAAGCCUGUGUGUGUCUGUCAGCGUGUUGAGGAGCACCGGUGCUAGUCAAAAAAAAUAAAGUGAAAGCCGUGCAGUGACCGUCAAGUGCUGUAGGAGUCCAUGUGAUCUAGAACACAGAAAUAUUCCCUGUCCGUCUGUCCUCCGACGACACGUCCUGCCUGCAUUUCAGUAGAUUAGAGAAGAAGAAAGUUUGGAGCAUCUGUAACCCUCUGUUUGAAGCUCUAACUUUUUGUUUUCACGCGUAUAUAUGAUGUAAUGCUUACUAUACACUUUUAUAAACUAUGUUUUGAUAAUUCAUUUCUUAACAGAGAACUUGUCCAUAUACUAUAACCCUGACUGCUGAGUACUGAAAAUAAAUAGAUGAGAUUAAA